AUGUCAUCUAACAAUUUCAAUUUUUCAUCUUUGCCGCCUGCUUUUUUGGAAUUUUUAAAAAAUAAUAAUAUAAAUCCAACCAUCUACUCAAUAACUAAUUUACCAAGAUAUAUUUUACAUUUUUUUGGAUUAAAUAAUAAUGUUAGGAUUGUUGAUUGUAAAGCUUAUAAAGAAAAAGAGAUAAUUGGGAUCGAUUUAAGUUCAGGAGUUGCGGUUUAUGCACUUGAUAUACAGCCAAAUGAUCAUAUAUUGGAUUUAUGCUGUGCCCCGGGGGCAAAGUUAUGUAUGAUAUCAAAUAUACUAGCUGGUGAUAAUAAAGGAUUUGGAACAAUUACUGGAGUGGAUAUUUCACAAAAUAGGUUAUCAACAUGCCGUAGUUUAAUAAAAAAACACAAAAUAAAUCAUGCAAGACUAUUCUUGGCUGAUGGUACAAAAUUUAAUGUUUAUGCACCUUGUAAUCUAAAAUAUUUUAAAAAAAUCUUGAAUAUAAUUGAAGACAAGAAAGAUGAUGAUGACGAAAAAAAAACUAAGCAACAAUCAAAAGAUGAUAUCAUCAAACCUUUCUAUUCACCUAAAAUAUUUAGAAAUGAUCAACAAAUUAAAGAUCCUAGAUAUUUGUAUGAUAAGGUGAUAGUAGAUGCUGAAUGUACACAUGAUGGAUCCAUUGUUCAUAUUCUCAAGAAAAAUCUUUUAAAAAAUGGAUGGGAAUUACUUAAACCUGGUGGAAUAUUAGUAUAUAGUACUUGUAGUCUAACAAGGAAACAAAAUGAGGAAAUAAUAGAAUGGUUUUUGCUUCAAAACAAAGAACAAAAUGCUGUACUAGAACAAAUACCAAAUAUUGAAAAUAUGAAAACAAUUUGA